AUGCAACAUUCUCCCACGCCGUCGAUUCGGUAUGAUCCAAUUUGCCGGUUUGGAGGGGAUAACAACUCAGACGCGUUCAGCAGCUGGCCGGGCGAGGAAUUCAUCGGGCACCGCAUGGCGCCGUCAAAGCUUCGGAAAUCCGCAAUUCGAGACGGAUUCUCUGUGCUGCUGCCCGCGGCCUGGGCUCCUGCAACCCCUCCUAAAUUGCGGGUACAUGUGCCACCACUAUUAUUAUCAAUUGGGUCCCUCUCGCAGAGGAACACACACAUCAAUCGGUCGCAGCUGUGGCCAGCUGGAGGCCUCUGUAGGAAGAGGCUGGCGGUGGCAUGGGCUGCGACAAGGUCCCUUUGGUCCGGCAGACUCCGCACCUGCACCUCCCUCUUACCGGGCUGGGCUCUCCGUCUGUUGGCCUCCGCCGUUGUUGGAUGCUCACCUCAUGAAUACGGGGCAGCUGGCGGCGCACUGCAGCUGAAUUCGUUGGCCGUUCAGCCGAGCCCCGGCGCAAUCGUGCGGGUGGCGCGGCGCCGACUCUCGCUCCUCGUGUGCCGCCCAUCCCGCACGGAGGGCUGCCGUAGCCGCCAUAAAAAGCCCCCGAGGGGACCCCGGGCGCCGACAACACCGCGAAGGAAACCCUUCAACCCUGCAACGCGGCAAACUCCGCGCGGUGGCCCCAUUCAAAAUCAAAUAAAUGGAAUUAUCCCCCUCCACGAUGAAA